GCUGAGAGGAAGAAGAAGAAGGUUCUCGUUAUUGAAAUGCAGUGUACAGCGACAUGCUAAAUCAAUGCAAGUAUCUCGGUAGCCGCUUGUAAAUCUUCACAUUUCUCAUCAACUCAUGAUUUAUUCAUGACACACCGCACUCACAAAGACGCUUGAUGUUUGAUAAAGGAAACUAGGUGGGAAAUGUCAGAGAAAAUGCUAGCGUAGCUCGCUAACGUGAGGGAUGCUAGUGAGCUAGCUAGCUAGCUAGCUACACUGUUUUGAGAACCGCAAUCAUGAGCGAAGAAGACAACUCAGCAUCCGCAAAUAAAGACAAAGACUCGACUCUUCUGCUCACUAAAGACGGACAGAGGUACUACGUGAGUAAAGGCGGAGUUGUGGACAGCAGAAAUGUUGUAACGCCCCACGAACCGGAGAACAACACCUCCUCCUACGACAUGGACGAUCCGGACGAGGAGAGCGACGUUCUGGACACUUCGGAUCCCAGAGACAGCGCCGCCAGCCCGGAGGAGCUCAACGACGAGGAGACCUCGGAGGGAGACAACGCCCCCAAACAGUGCACCUACGAGGGGUGCACGGAGACGACAACUCAGGUGGCCAAGCAGAGGAAACCGUGGAUGUGCAAAAAGCACCGCAACAAAAUGUACAAGGACAAGUACAAGAAGAAGAAGAGUGAUCAGGCCAUGUCCAGUGGAAAACUUGAUGAAAACUCUGAGGAGCGGCCUGUGUCCGUUAACAAACAGCGUCUGGGUGCUGUGGGAGACCGUCCUGCCAGACCUUCGCUGAUAGAGCAGGUCCUCAACCAGAAAAGACUGUCUCUGCUCAGGAGUCCGGAGGUGAUCAGUUUCCUGCAGCAACAGCAGCAGCUUCUGGCCACGCAGAGCCGCAGCCAAUCACAGCAGCAGUUCCAGGGCUGCUGACGCUGGCGGGACAGUGUUUGAUGUCAGUAUUUGUAAUGCAAAGAGAGCACUGAAGAAACGCACUGUCUGGCGCCUGAUGCGUAAAUGGAGAACAACCGCACAUUUGUAAGCAUGAAUUCGUCCAAUCGGAGAGCCACAAAAGAAGAAAAAGGUAAUCGGAUGAUGUUUUUUGUUACGCGAGUUGAGACUAACGGACUGAAAAAAAAAAAAAAAAAGUGGAUUUCUCGAAGUAGCACGCUGACCAUGUAAUCUAACCAUACAGUAUCUGGUGCCGUUUGGGGGCUAUAUUUUUCUAAAUACAAGCCAACAUUUCUUUUCAUCCGUUGUCAAUUCAGAUUUUAAGUUGUGAAGUCCUCGUCUUUAUGUUAGUUACCUUGAUAAUAACAAAGGCUUUUGGUUUAAAAUUGUCCAGUCAAAGUUGUUCGAUUUAGUUCUUGCCCAAAUAAUUCUGAACUCAGUUUGAUCAUUGCUGAAAAAACAGGAGUUUCUCUGUGUGUUUAAGUAUCUUUUAUAUGCUACUUUUAAGGCCAUUUCCCCUUCGUUUAUUACCGAUCUUCGUUCUGUUUUAAAUGUUUUCUCUUUGAGUGUUGUUACAUGUGACCAUCAAGUGUGUAAUGCAUGUCUUUUUAGCCGAGUGGAGCUUUUAAGGACUUGUUUUAACACAUGGUUUUGUAUGUCUGUUGCACAAACAGUAAAUCAUGACUGAAAACAAGCUAAGUUUUGUUGGGAUGCCAGCUCUGUUUGCUUUGUAUUUAAGUUUCAGUGUGUGUCCUACUGUGAAUAUGAGAUUAAAAAUAUAAUGUUACCAUUUA